GAGAGAAGAAGAAGAAGAAGAUGCGAGAGAUCAUAAGCAUCCACAUCGGCCAAGCUGGGAUCCAAGUGGGGAACUCGUGCUGGGAGCUUUACUGCCUCGAACAUGGGAUCCAGCCCGACGGCAUGAUGCCUAGUGAUACGACGGUUGGUGUAGCGCACGAUGCUUUCAACACGUUCUUCAGCGAGACUGGCGCUGGGAAGCAUGUCCCCAGAGCCGUCUUCGUCGAUCUCGAGCCCACUGUUAUCGACGAGGUCCGUACCGGAACUUACCGGCAGCUUUUCCAUCCGGAGCAGCUUAUCUCUGGUAAAGAGGAUGCUGCUAACAACUUCGCUAGAGGCCAUUAUACUGUUGGGAAGGAGAUUGUUGACCUUUGUCUUGACCGUGUGAGGAAGCUUGCGGAUAACUGUACUGGCUUACAAGGCUUCUUGGUGUUUAAUGCUGUUGGUGGUGGGACCGGCUCUGGUUUGGGGUCUCUGUUGCUUGAACGUUUGUCUGUUGAUUAUGGGAAGAAGUCUAAGCUUGGCUUCACCAUAUACCCUUCUCCUCAGGUUUCUACUGCUGUUGUUGAGCCUUACAACAGUGUUCUUUCGACUCAUUCCCUUCUUGAACACACCGAUGUAGCUGUCCUCUUGGAUAACGAAGCCAUCUAUGAUAUUUGCCGUAGAUCACUAGAUAUCGAGAGGCCUACCUACACCAACCUCAACAGGUUGAUAUCCCAGAUCAUCUCGUCCCUGACGACGUCGUUGAGGUUUGAUGGAGCUAUUAAUGUGGAUAUCACCGAGUUCCAGACCAAUCUUGUCCCUUAUCCCCGUAUCCAUUUCAUGCUGUCGUCUUACGCUCCGGUCAUCUCGGCUGCAAAGGCUUACCAUGAGCAGCUUUCGAUUCCUGAGAUCACUAAUGCCGUGUUUGAGCCUGCUAGUAUGAUGGCCAAGUGUGACCCGAGGCAUGGGAAAUACAUGGCUUGUUGUUUGAUGUACCGUGGAGAUGUUGUUCCUAAAGAUGUUAACGCUGCUGUUGGUACUAUCAAGACUAAGAGGACCGUUCAGUUUGUUGACUGGUGCCCGACUGGUUUCAAAUGUGGAAUCAACUACCAACCUCCAACGGUUGUCCCUGGAGGCGACCUCGCUAAGGUCCAGAGAGCGGUGUGCAUGAUCAGCAACAACACAGCAGUUGCAGAGGUGUUCUCACGAAUCGACCACAAGUUUGAUCUUAUGUACGCGAAGAGAGCGUUUGUUCACUGGUACGUUGGUGAAGGAAUGGAAGAAGGUGAAUUCUCAGAGGCACGUGAAGACUUGGCGGCACUGGAGAAAGAUUAUGAAGAAGUGGGCGCUGAAGGUGGAGACGAUGAGGAAGAUGAAGGUGAAGAGUAUUGACACCUUCUUCUCCCAAUCAAUGUGCAACCAAAAACUUUUUUCAAAUUAAUGUUUCUACUUAUGAUUCUUGUGGAUUACAUGUUUCUUUUCAAUCUUGUACAAUAUUCGUUGCAUUUUCUUAGUCCUGUGUUUUUUAUUUUGGUUCAAUUCGUUGGUAAAGCGACUAUUGAGAAUUUAAGUGUUCAUUUCUGGAACCAAACUUUCAUCUU